AUGAGCGUGGACACCAAUAUGAUCGAUGAGCAAGUAGAGUGCGCAGCUCAGCAUACCACGAAGAACGUCGACAGUCGCGGGGUCCCCGAAAGCAUCAAUAGCGGUAUCAGCAAUCCCCCAGAAUCGAUGCUCUUAAGGUUCGAGCUCCUCCCGGCGGAGCUUCUGCUCUGCGUCAAGAGUUUCUUGGGAAAUACAGAUGCCAUCCACUUGGGCAUGUGCAGCCAGACUCUAAGGAAGAAGAUCCGCCAGUCUCCCAUCACAGAGAAGCUGAACAGGACUAGUACAUCCACCCCAACUCAGAGCAAACUAGAAACGGUGAUCAUCUGGCUCGGCAUCUUCCACCCCGAAAUCGAGAUCCUGCGCCUCACGUAUCUCGUCUUACGCGACUGCACCCGAUCACUGCCAGAACCAUCCUCAUCGGAGGAGGCUAGAGUCAGUCUCCUCAAGACCAUGGUCAAGAUCCAGAAGGCCCAGCUGCGCCUGGACGAGGAGUCGUUGCGUCAGCUGCGGGAGCUGGUCCAGGUGAACAAGCGCCAGAGCGCGCAGCUUGACGAGAUCAUUCGGUUGCUGAGGGCGGCGCUGGAGGGCCGGAACACGGCCUCGGAGGCUGGGGAGGUUAGAUAA